AUGACCACUUAUGUCAUCAACAACGGGGAGUUUGAAAAACUCCAGAACAAGGUGAUUCUCGUCACUGGUGGUGCUGCCGGCAUUGGCCGAGCCAUUGUGACUCUCGCUCAUCAGAAUGGCGCCAAAGUAGCGUUCUGCGACGUCGACGAGGCUCGAGGCAAACAAGUGGAGCAGGAGCUUGACGCUAACGUGUUCUUCAAGCGAUGCGAUGUAUUUGACUGGGAUGAACUCCUCCACUUCUUCCAAGAAACCGUUUCGAAGUUCGGCCGGAUCGACACAGUCAUUGCGAACGCCGCAAUUAAUAAGUUAGAGACACUUGAUGAGCCCAUUGAUGACGACUUGUUGCAUUUGAAGAAGCCGGACCUCUCCGUUCUGAACGUCAACGUUGCUGCAACCUGGUACGUAACCAAAUGCGCGAUCAGCUUUUUCCGGAUGCAUCCUCAGAUACCUUCGCAACUUGUUCUCUUUGGAUCAGCGGCUAGCAUCUGGGACACACCCCCCUUGUACACAUAUUGUGCCAGUAAAGGGGCUGUGUUGGGUCUCAUGCGUUCCCUGCGGACCCAGCUUCCAAAGAUGAACAUCAGCGUGAACAUGAUAGCUCCUUGGAUGACAGUAACGGAAAUGGUAACAGACCAUAUAAGAUCGAUUUGGGGGGACCUCCCAGCGAACCAACCUCGAGAUGUUGCCAAAGCAAGUCUUUUGCCAGCAGCAAGACCAGAUAUCAAUGGCAAAACCUUUUUUGUGAAUGGAGGCAAUAUAACAGAGUUGGAGGACAAGCUAGAUGAGACCCAGCCCCUUUGGUUGGGAAUGGAAUUGGACAGAAAUAUGCGGGAAGGGCAGCGAAGACUGAUUCCCUAG